ACCCGGAGCUGCCCCGCGAGAGGCACCGGAGCUGUGGGGCUGUGCUCCGCCUCUGCCACCGCCUCUGCCACCGGCUGCGGGGCCACUCUCUGCCUCCGCCACCGCCUCUGCCACCGCAGUGGGGGUCCGGCCACUGGCAGACCCCGCUGCAGCCGCAGGUUUGCCCGCUCCCAUGUUUCACCGUGCGACAGGAGCAAAGCUGUUGGCAGCCUGAACCCCUGUUGGAAGCAUCCGCGCACGGGCCGCUACAGGGUUUUCACUUUAAUAUUGUUUUGCUGCUUUGAUUGGGGAGCUUUUCUGUUUUUCUGUUGGGUUUGGUUUGUUUUUUGGUUUUUUUUUUUUUGCGAGAGGAGCUGCUUACGUUGCCAGCGCGUGAAGUGCCCUCGUAUAAAGGCGGAGAAGAUGGAGGAAGUAGAAGAGGAUGACAUGACGUGUGGAGACUUGGGAAACGGGCUUGGGAGAAGACCUGGAGCUGUUUAUGAAGGGGAAAAAUUACACGGCUAUUCAUUGAGAUCUAGGAAGGGAUCUGAUAACGUUUGCAGUUCUCUCUUGUCAGCAAAGAGAAUGGAAGAAAGUGAUGCCGCAGCUCUUCCUGGAUCAAAACGCAACAGCUUUUACAAUGGAUCAUCCAAAAGGCCUUUUAUGAAUUCCACGCCACAAAACAGCUGUGAAUCUAAUACUGAAGUGUCAAAUGAGGAACUAAAGCAACAACUUCAGGAGGCUCUAGAGGAAGUCGAAGUUUUGAAAGUUGAGCUUGAAGCAUCUCAAAGACAGCUCGAAGGAAAAGAUGAAGCCCUAAGAAUUCUGCAGAGCAUGGCCAUAUUUAACAAAGCCACCAGUCAUACAAAAGCAAUGCUUGAAAAAAGUGAGGAAGAAAAGAGAACUUUGGAAAAGGAAAUAAAUAUUUUACAAUGGGAAAUUGAAUUUGAUCAGGAUAGAUUUAAAAACAUAGAAGACACAUGGACAGAAAAAUAUGACAGGAUAUAUUGCGAAAAUGCAGCUCUUAAGGAAGCAUUGAAACUGAGAACAGAAGAAGUUAAAACUCUAAAAGCUGAAAAUGCAAUCCUGAAUCAGCAGAGCUUGGAAGUUCUUGCAAUGCUAGAUGUGAAACAGCGGAAGGUUCUUCAGGAGAACAUGUCACUGAAUAAAAGUGACAUUACAGAUUUUACAGGUCUUGAGCUGGCAAUUCUUGGAGCCUGCACCUGCAAUACUUCAGGGGAACCCUGUCCCUGUGCUAAAAUGGCAGCUGUAACUCGAAAGCAAUGCUGUCAACUCAAGCAGGAGAUUGAAAAUCUGAAGAAGAGUAAAGAUGAAGCUUAUAUAAUGGCAGAUGCCUUCAGAAUUGCAUUCGAGCAGCAGCUAAUGCAGAGGAAGGACCAAGCCCUGAGGCUUACAGAAGUGAUAAAGAUUAAGAAGGAAACAAAAUUUAUGAACUGGAGGCGUUUCAAAGACGAUGGGCGUGUCAAGGUUCAAGGGAACAAGAACAAUCUGGGACGAAAACUGUCAGGCCUGCUCUCAUCAGAUGGGGACUGCAGGAAAGUAGAAGAGCUAGACAGUCCUCAUGAAAUCCUGAAGCUGCUAAUAGAUUUGGUAAAUGACAAAGAGGAGGCUCUGGCUCAUCAGAGGAGUAGUUACAUGCUGGCUCGUGCAAUGGAGAGGGAAGAGGAUUACGCAGCCCAGGGGUCACCGCACCCUGCAGGCACCUGCUGCCAAAGUCUGUGCUCUCAGAACAGCGUGACUUCAGUUCCCAGUGCAGAAUAUCAGAUCUGGGAAAAACUGCUUCAGAGGUCACGCUCCUGGCCAUCAGAGACCGCACAUUGUGAAGAAAACAACCCAUGUACAAAAGCAGAGGGCAUGGUGACAAUCUCUGUAUAG